UAAAAUAAAUUAAAAAAAAUUUUUUUUAAAAAAAGAAUCCAAACAUUAGAUACAGGAGUAUUGAUCAAGAAUAUUUAAAUUGUAUUUGGGAAAUAACUAUUAAAAAUAAUAAUUAUAACAUUUAAAAGAAAAGAAUAUUUAAAUGAAUGUGUAAGCAAAACUAGUUUCAUGACAUCAUGAGAGGGGGGACAGUUUCACCUCUUCUAGGCAGUACAUUUACUAUGUUUCUCACCAACCUCCCACUAACAAAAGGUUAUAAAAACCUUCAAAGACAUUACAAGGCUAGAGUCGGAAAAUGUGGUAUGGUGUCCGAAAGAUAGAGACAAGUUUGCCAUUGAAAUAUACAGUUAUUUCUACAACGUUAAGGUCAGGGGCAGUUCCCUCCAUAUGAGGGUCCAGUCAGAGUCCUGUCAUGGACAUGUCUUGGCUGAGGCUCAGUUAAGGCACAAUGGAAACCAGUGAUGUCCCAAAGUCUAGGAUGUCACAAAGGGACUAGACCAUAGCUAUAUCAUGUGCAGGGCUGAAUGCGGGUGUCUCAAGAGGUCCAGUCCAGCAGGAACAUCAAGCAGAGCUGAUUGAAGCCGAAGCCAGCAAAGAUCAUGUCAGGAAAACAAAGCCCCGAGGGCUCUUAUGAGGCUCCAACUCAUCUUACAACAACCGAGCCACAGGUCCCUGUGAGCUUCGUGGACCAUCUUCUGCAGGAAGAUCAGUAUGUCCACACUCUGAGUUCAUCCACAACACAUUUCCUCUUCUCCGUGCUCGAAUACCUUACCGACUACAUCCUGGAUCUGGUAGACACUAAGGCCAACACCGGCAGGAUGCAGAUGACCCCACAAGACGUGGAGAGGGCAGUGGACAGCAACGCAGAGCCCCAUCGGCAGGUGAAGGAUACAGCUUUUGCUCUGUUUGAUGAAAUGCCUGGAUCCCGAAGGAAUGGCUGAAACAUGGGUCCUAGAGCCUGGCAGGAGCCCUCACAGCCUCAGCCUAAGGCAGAUCUCAGCUGAGGAGCCCAGCUUCUGUCAUCAGUAAAUGUUAACGGAUUUAGAUCCCUGGCUGCA